AUGAAUUUAACUGUCAGUGUUGUAGCAAACCUGUAAUCUUGUUCUUUGUCACCAGGAAAAGCAACUACCACAGUCAUAACAAGCGCUCUCAGUCAGUCGGUUUAUUCAACCUGAUUAUAUUUUUAGUUUAAUCUCCUUAACAAAAGCAACACGUGAGUCAUUUAUUUAGGUGUUGUUUACUUUGGUUGUUGUCAGGUUUUUUUUAUCAUCUCGUCCGGGUACAGCCAUUUCCUCUCGAUUCUUUUUUCUUGUUUAUUAUAUAAAACAUGUUGGAACUGAAACCUGUGGUUGAUAUUGGACUUAAUAUCAAGAACUUUAUUCAAUCUCGCUCCUCGAAGAAGAAAACCUCACAAAACUGUGAGACAUUGCGUCUGAUCAACCAAGAAAAAGAUGGCAGUAUUUUGUUCUCUUGGGAAGAGAAGCCAGCGAGAGAGGAUCAUCUUAAAACACAUAUCGGAUUAGCAUGUCCCGAUUCAAAAGACUACAGGGUCGUCUGGGUUUUUGAUAAAGUUGAAUACGUUACCAGCUGUUCCAUCAAUCAACACCACACACUUCUAGCUUUUACAAUCCUAACUGAAAUGGUUGAUGAAUUUGCUGGCCAAAAAAUUUACACAGCAUUUCUGGCCGAGAUUCUCACCCCAAAUCGCUUGUUUUCACUGAAUAUCGAAAGAGUCAAUUUCUUGAAGGUCCAGUUUUUGCAUCUGACCAAUAAGACCGGCCAAGAGAGCGAGUUCUCUGAUCGUCAAGCAUACAUGCUUGUCUUCUUGCACAAAGAAUCCAUUGGGCUUUACCAUAUUCCUUUAGCCAGAGCAGAAGAUGCCAUGAUAAUGAAACGUCAACCAGAGAAAGAACAGUUAAUCGGAGAGUUCUUGUGGUCUUCGUGGGACGUCCAUAACCAGCGACUCCACUACAUUUACCAUCAGCAUGAUGACAGCGUUGGUUACCGAAAGUUCCAUACCAUUCUCUCUACGUUACAGUUCAGCAAUAAUGGCAAAUACGACAGCAUGAUUGAUGUCCCACUGAACUUCCCAAUUCCAUUUAUGUCAAAGACCGGCAGACCAGUCUACAUUGACAUCCCUCUGUGUUCUGUUAUUCCUGAUCGUUCCAUUAACUUAGAAGUGAUAACAAUGCCCAAUGGUACCUUCUGUAUUUGUUACCAACCAACUCUGUCUCAGAAUCAACCUCAAGCUGUAACCCCUGAAGAAAAAGAACACAAUAUUACUGAUGAAGAUUUGGUUGAUGUCACAUAUUUCGUCUGUUUGGUCCACCAUGCCCACACUUUACAAGGUUCAGUUUCCAAGAUCCCAAAACACGAUGCCACAAGACGUCGCAUUCUCUUCACAUGGUUUAAUGGAUACCUGGUGGUUAGUCUCCCGGGAUUUUUCACCCACCUCCUCAACGUCAGUAUUGAAUACGAACCCUGUAACCACAUCCUGUUGCACAGAGAAUCGCUGUACGGCAGUGUUUCGAAAGAGAAAAAACCCUCACAACCUGAAGAUCGAAAUACAAAAUGUAGCAAAACAAAUGUGAAUCUGGAUGACAGCCAACACAACUACGUGUCUCUACUUCAUGCCAGCAGUAGACGGCUACAGUUAAGGAAUCACUACUGUAAAGGAAUGUAUCUAUCAGGUUGGCUGGUCUAUGACAAGAAAUCUCAGCGCUUAUACAAACUGUUGGUCAACAAAGACCAAUUGCUCCAUCUAUUUAGCUGUUGCUACCUUUCGACCACUCGUAUGGCUCUCUUCCAUUAUAUCUUGCUCCAUCUCAGAGACUACAAUGUCAUCAAAGAUAUUUUUGUUGCUCUCAGCAAUGAUUGUGCUAGUCCAGAGGUCCAAGAACUUUUAUCUGAGUUCCUAGUCAGUACGACCUAUUUGAAAAUGAGGCAAAGAGUUUCCAAGAGCAUCUUAACGGUGGUCCCUUUCACAACAGCUGAUAGUUUCAGGGGACAAUUGGAUAAGAACCAAUCAAAUGAGAUUUUGUCCAAAAUCCAGUACCAUGUUUUUUCCAAUAUCAGUAUCAGUCGCAAGUCUGUAAAAGACCGUGUGGGUUUUCCUCGGAGUGCUGACCUCUGGGACACACUACGACAGCAUCUGCGCCAGAACCAAAUAUUCCAAUUACAGUUUCCAAGAUUUUCCACGAGCAAGUUGCCUCACCAGAACCAAUCGACAUUAAUUGAUAUCCAGAAAUUGAAUGAAGUGGAGGUAACUGAUGGCAAUAUAUUUCUCACCAAACUCAUAUCUAAUCAGUCUGUCAGAGAACCGAGUUCUUCUGAAUCUGAAGUGGAUUCUACCAGAACCCAUCAUCCAUAUUCAGUUCUCGGUGCUUUGCCACAUUUUCUUGAAACCACCAAACUCACCAAGCAAUAUGGGAUUCUAAUGCUUUUGACAAAAGAAGCUUUCACUGAAUUUCUUAUAAAAUUCCGGAAAACAGAACCUCAGGUAAAGUUGGAGAACAUUGCCAAGGAAUACGUUGCCAGUCAGUUAUGUCAAGCUCGCCAAUUAUGUCAGUUUGCCUGGAGCGUUAAUAAACCGCAUGAAAAGCGUGCUUUGUACCAAUCUCCUACAAAGGAAGAAUAUGGUUUAUUCCAAUUGUUCGAACGGAUAUCAAUGGCAUUGAAAGAACAAACCUUCCCAAUAACUGAUGGUUUCUGUACCUAUUUUACAACUCUUGCUUUUCGUUGUCUCAGUCUCAGCCAAUUCUUGCAUUAUGUCGACAGUGGUGCCGUGUUGCUAACUGACAGGUUUGUCAAACAGGUUAUAAGUGAUUUGAAAGAUGAUGAUGUAUACAGCAGUCUCAAGUACCAGAUCAUCACCAGACUUUCAGAGAAAUCUGCCUUACAGUUUUGUCAAGACUGGAAACACCCCUACAGCACAACAUUCUUCACAAUGAACUCCAUACCAGAAAUAUUAUUAAAUGAUUGGGUGUUGACAGGAGAUGACCCAGCCUCUGCCUUCGACAAUGAGUCCAUGUUCUACCCUUUGGCUGCCUUCACGCAGUACUUGAAUGAGAAAAAUGAACCCAAUAACGCAGACGCUAUGAAUCACCUUGGUAACAGAAGACUCCAAGACGUUGCCCUUUGUCACACAAGAACUGAGACUGAUUGUAAUUUAGGAAAUGUCAACUUCUAGUAUUCCUCACUUUUUGUCACGUACACAUUAUUUAUUUAUUUAUUUAUUCUAUUGAAACCAAAGAAACAAGCAAACAAAAGUGAAGCAAGUUCCAUUAUUUGAACUGAUGUCACAAGAACUAGGAAAUUAUGGUGUACUCUUACUCUCUCUUUUACUCUUUUACUUGUUUCAGUCAUUUGACUGCGGCCAUGCUGGAGCACCGCCUUUAGUCGAGCAAAUCGACCCCGGGACUUAUUCUUUGUAAGCCCAGUACUU